AUGUCAGCAGAUCAUACUAGAGAUCCAUGUCCCCUCGUUAUUUUGAGUGAUUUUGGUGGUGCAUUUGCCAUGGGUGUCAUUGGUGGAUGUGUGUGGCAUGGUGUCAAAGGAUUCCGUAAUUCUCCAUACGGUGAGAGAGGCUACGGUUCAUUGUCAGCUAUUAAGUCGAGAGCACCAGUUGUAGGUGGUAACUUCGGUGUUUGGGGUGGAUUGUUUUCUACUUAUGAUUGUAUGGUUAAAGCUGUUAGAAAAAGAGAAGACGCUUGGAAUGCUAUCAUUGCCGGUUUCUUUACAGGAGGCUCUUUGGCUUUCAGGGGUGGCUGGAAACAUACCAGAAAUUCUGCUAUAACCUGCGCUUGCGUUCUUGGUGUUUUCGAGGGUGUUGGAAUGCUUGCUCUGAGAAUGUUCGCGCAACCAACGGUGGCACCAGCGUACCCUGAAGAACCUUCUAAAUUGGCAGCAUGA